AUGCCGCCGUUACAAUGCGAGGGACAGCUGUUCAACAACCUGCAGUACACGCUACAGUACGAGCCGAAGCACCUGCCCGGGUGCCGGCGGCUGUGGGUACUGAAUAACAUCGUGAAUAGCACUGUGGAGAAGAUGACUUUGGAGCUGCUAUUGAACAACGGAUACACCAUGGAUGUGAGUGGAUUAGGGAGGGACACCUUCCACCCCUCUCCCCCCCUUCCCCUUUCUCUUCCCCCCGUCCCCUUUCUCUUCCCCCCGUCCCCUUUCUCUUCCCCCCUUCCCCUUUCUCUUCCCCCCGUCCCCUUUCUCUUCACCCCUUCUUCUUUCUCUUCCCCCCGUCCCCUUUCUCUUCCCCCCUUCUCCUUUCUAUUCCUCUUCUCUCAUCUCACCGCACCUCACCGUGCCUCACCGCAGGACAUCCUCGUAUUCCGCAUCAACUACACGCGCCUUGCCUCCCUGCCCGAGCACGCAUGGCUAGAUGCCGUCACAGAGCUGAACGAGGUGCGCAACCACAUGAUAGAGCACGGCAUAGCGCACGGGGCGCGGUGGGUGCUGCCGCUGGACGGGAACCACUUCUUCACGGCAGAGAUGUGGGGCUUCAUCCUUGCUGCUGCUUCCCGCCACGAGGCCGCCGGGAAAAAGAACCUCAAGAUCCCAGUGGCUAAGGUAGACGGCCCUCAGUCGCCCCUCUGGCUCAACGGCAGCACGCUCUACAGGGAUUUGCAGCCGCACGCGCCUCUGCAGUGGGAGGGGCACCUUGGCUUUCGCAACGACUCCCCCCACCGCUUCCACCCAGGUCUGGGGUACGGGCGGCGGUGCAAGCUAGAAGCCAUGGAUCGCAUCUGUGGCACAGGGCUGUACUAUGAAUGGCACGAGGCGUUCCGAUACCUGGGGCUGCUAGAGCUCUACCACCCAGACUUCACCCCUCUCAGAGCAUCUUUCAUCAUCCCUGCAAUCCCCACCACUCCCCUCUUCUCCCUCCCUCCCCUCCCUCCCCUCCCUUCCCUCCCUCCCCUCCCCCUCCUCCCCCAUGGUUUACCCCGGCCACCAAACUCCAUACUUCUUUGGUUACAGGUCUGGGGUAUGGGCGGCGGUGCAAGCUAG